CAUCUGCCAACAAGUGCUAAACUGCAACAAUGGACAGUUGCUUGUUGAGCAAAGGUUGAAGGAAACAGACACCUCGUCUGAUGCACCUUCCAGUUUCCUUCAAGAAGUCCCAACCAUCAGCACUGGCAAAGAGCAAUCGGCUCCAGUCAUGUAUACACAGCAGGGAUCUUUCCCUGACAAGGCAGCCCACAUUGAAGAAGAUCCCCACAAAUCUGCUGCUGCUGUUGUGGCUGCAAAGCUUGUUGCUUCAUCUUCCUCGGUUCAGAUGCUCACAUAUGUGCUGUCAUCUUUGGCAUCAGAGGGUGUCAUUAGCAAUCCAUUGAGUGAGCCUUCCAGUGAUUCUCCUUUUGAAAAGAGGCCUAAACUUCAGAGUGGACCAUCUUCCUACAUGAUGCCUCAGCAUCCUCACCCACCAUUACCGCUUCUUCCACAUCCUGAGUCACUCCACAACACAGUCACAGCAACGUACCAAAUGUUGGCACAUCAAUCGGCACCUCCAUUGUCUUCUCCUAUGUCCCAUUCAGGCCCUACCAUUCAGCAGCUACCACUGCAACCACUCCCACCAAUGCCUCCACCACAGGCAGCCCAGUUCAUGCAGCAAACUAAAGGAUCUAUGACAAGUGUACUGUACAACUAUGGUAUAGCUCAACUGCCACCACCUUUGCCUGGUUAUCCAAUGGUUGGGGCCUCAGUUACAGGUGUGCCUUCGUAUCUUCUAAAUCCUUAUCAGAAUUUUCAGGGAUCAGAAGGUGGUUUCUAUGGCCACCCACCCAUACCUGCAGCACCACCAAUUUCUCGACAGUAGUUGUACUAGUUUGAAACUAAACAAAUCCUGUCCCAAUAUGGGGGACUGAGAUUUCAUAUAAAAAUAUGACACUAGUACAUAUUUGUAAAUUAAUUAAUAGUAUGAUUUAUCAACCUUUUCUAAUUUGAGGGGUCUUUUUUAUAAGGGGUAUUAUGAUGCUCAAUGAAAUCCUGCGGUUCCUAGCAGUCUUUAAAUGUCAA